GUUUUAUUCUUCUUCUUGCAGCAUGCAUAAACGGCAAGGAAGGGAAGAAAAUAAAAAGAAAGUCCUGUAAAGAUGAAGGGCCAAAUACUACUCUUUUGUUGCCUGGAUUAUUUAGUACUAAAGAUAUACGCAUAACAGCAGUGGAGACUCUCUAUCAUGCGUUAUUAAAAAGGGUAACAGCGACAGUAGAUUUGGACGUUCAAAACGAGAUGGUUAAAUUGAUUGUGGAAAAUAUAGAACUUGAAUUGUUUGCACUUUACCAGAGCACUGACCACAGAUACAAAACAAAAUAUAGGAGUAUUCUCUUCAAUCUGAAGGACCCUACAAAUAAGGAGCUGUUCCGUAAGGUAGUUCUUGGGGAGAUCACACCACAGUACCUAGUCCUCAUGACUCCAGAGAAAAUGGCUCGACAGGAUCUGACCAACUGGAGAAACCAGAAAAGGCAACAUACACUUGAUAUCAUCGAGAGAGAGGAAAGAACACCCCACCAGAUCCAAAUCACAAAGCUUACUCACAAGGGUCUAAUUGAAGUUGAUACUGAGUCAAAUGAGAACUGGUCCCUGGAAGAUCUAUCUGAUUCCAUAUGGCAGGCACAAGUUGCUCAAUGCACAGAGGCUGCAAGGAAGAAAGACACCACUUACGAACACAAGAGUCACCUUCUGGAUCCAGACUGUCGCAUUUGCACUGGGAAGAUGGUUCCUCUGGAUGAGGCGAGCCUUAGCCAAUGGAUACCACAGGAAAAGACAAAGUCAGAUAUCACUUUUGAUUCCUCCACAAUUCACACAGAUGUCCUUGAUUUUCUCUUGCAUGCAGAAGAGGGGGAGAAGAAUACUGAUGGAGAGUCUCCAGAAACUGUGACAGCAGAAGAAAGCCAGAGCAUAUGGAAGGGUUUCAUCCAUAUGUUUUCUAUUAAACAGUUCAAAGUGUUGACUUUCCUAGUUUCUGGUUACAGCAGCCAUCUCUGCCAGGAGGAGUCAGAUUUAAAGGGGCAGUCUACUUGA